AUGGUUCUUCAUCAUUUAUUACCAGGAAUGAUUUACAUGUUUUUCCUACGUGGACUCCUGUUUAUGGAAGUUGCCGGAGAAACGACAGUGUUCAUGGGACUUGAAAAAAGUACAGCAUUUGAAGACAAAAUUAUGAUGUUGGAUAUUUCAAGCUCUUUGACUACUUUAACACAAAAUGAGUGUGCAUUAACCUGUGUGUCGCUGUCUCUUUGCCUAUCUUUCUUCUACAAAAGAAACAGCCAACUGUGUCAGUUACACGACCUCGUCUUCACAGAUCCAUCUUCCUCAUUGGUCAGUGUCAAUACUUCCUAUUUCUAUAUCACCCAUGGCAACAGCGUCCUCCAGCCAAUCAAAUCCUGUGGUGAGCCCCCAGCAGAACCUAAUGUUACCUGGGUAACUGGUACGAACGCCUUCGGAAGCACACGACAGUUCACGUGCACAGGAACACUUUUACCAACAGCGUACUUCAUAGAAUGUAUGGCUUCGGGAAUCUGGACCCAAACAUCAGGAUACUGCAGAGAUGUUACUCUGGAAAAUUGUGAGGACGUACAGAUGUGUAGCAGUACUAACCUGGAUGGUACCUACCUGUUAUACCCACCAGUUCUCGGGGGUCAUGGGGUCAACAUCUACUGUCAUAACAUGGCCACGGUUCCUCAGGCCUAUGUUACACUGUUUGAGGAGAAUAUGUCCCGGAAUGAUUAUUCUAAACGUACUAACUCUGCCCCUUGUCAGUUCAUCGACAGAAACGGCGAUGCAUCUGCGAUCUUCGACAAAAUUCUGGUCAACCUUGCGGACAUGUCCGUUGUUCUUGAUGACUUCACGUUCUCCACAACUUGCCGAGAAACGACCCGGCCUAUCCCACGUUACGGAGAGGCGCUCUCAUGCUCUUUUGAUAACAUCAAGUAUCCGACAUCAAUGUCCAACUGUCCAGCUCCAGGUGUUUUCGUCAUCAACACAAACGGCACCCGCCUGAUAGUAGAUCCAAAUCUAACGUGGAAGACAGGAGGUUACGCACCACGAUUAGAAUAUAUAGAGCGUUCCAGCGACGGUUAUAUUAUUCACGCUGCUUUCGAUGGAUGGUGUGGAUCGUACAAACCUUCUAAUACCAUGUAUCUACAUGUGGAUCCUUACGGUGAACAAAGGGGAACAGCAUCAACUCCUAUUUGUCCUGAUUUGUGA